CGGAAUAUCAGCAAACUUAUUUUCAGUCAUCUCUAUCAUUAUUUACUGCCUCUUUCCGUUUUUCCUUUUAGCCUUUGAUACCGCUACCAUGGAUUAUAAAGACUGCAAACUCGAAGAGCAUUUUGAUGACAUGGAAAUUGAACUUAUACAUCAAGUUGACAACGCAAAACAUCAUCUAGAGACCACAGCCUCUGCAUUCUGGCAGGCUUACCUGCAGCGAAACUUUCCCAGACCCUGGCUAGUACUUUGUGAACAAGGUCCUGAUGGAAGCUUGAGGCGAGUUGACAUGAAGGUGAUAUAUUACAACAGUCAUGGCCGCAACUUUUCUCCUGUUCUGUUGGUCGAAGUCAAACGCAAGAAGGGAUCAAUGCAUGAAGUUGAAGAGCAGGGCCUAGAUGCUGCUCUAAAGGCUAUCAAUAGCCAGAAUUUGACGGGCAUGUAUGUCAUCACGGCAAUCGGGCUCAGAUAUAGAGCCUGGUAUUUGAGUAGGGAAGAACGAGAACUGCAGCCAUUGCAUGGCAGCAUUGAGAAGGCGAGUUGGGAGUAUUUACAUGUCAAACAACAAGCUGGCGUUUUGAACCUGGAAGAAACAAUCCGACUCAUCAAGGGAGAGAUGCCUAUGCGACAGGCAGGGGUCGUCCCAAGUCAACAUAUUGAGCUGGAGAAUAUUCUCCGGGCCGAAGCAUCCCAUAUCCAGGAGGGAUAUAGUGUGGAGCAGGCUGGUUCGGCUAGAGAUGACCAGGGAAAUGAGGCACCUUGUUACCCGUCUACGACAUACUAUGAACAGCCAUCGGAGCAAACAGAUGCCCAGUGGUCUGACCCCAUGGACGUUGAAGCGAGGGCAGAGUCAAGUGGUGAAGACGACGAACCCUCGCAAGCUGAGGACAGCAAGGGCAAGAAGCCAAGAAAAGAGAGGACGAUAGUGAACGUGAGAGUCACAUUGAUACCUCAUAAACUUCGGAAGGAUGAGUGCGAGUUUCGGGAUACCAAGAAGAUCAAACAGACUACCCUGAGGAGUGAUUGGAAGGAGAAGCAUGAUGGGAGUAAGACCUACUUCGAGUUCAAAGGCAAGAACCAUCGCUAUCGGUGCGAGAAAUUUGAAUACCAGCGUUAGUCUUAGUCUGAAGCUGGAAUUACAUGGCGUGCCAUGUCUGUUGCUAACGGGAAGUGGGGUUUGUGCGCUAUUUCUGGAAGGGGAAUAGCGACAAAUGAGAUGACCCACUCUCAGGAGUCAGAUUGGGAACCUGCCUGGAGUAACAAUGUUCCGUUAUUUAUUUUUUAGCACAAGUUCAAAGCAGACCAGCAUAAC